AUGCGGAAUGGACACACCCUUGCGGCACUUGUUCCCUCACUCCAUCACCCUUCAAAAUUAUCGACAUGUCCCUUCACUCCAUCCAUGAACAUAGAUAAAUCCUCCCCAAAAAAUGUGAGAGAGAGAUCGAUCUCACAGUGUCGGUGACUUUUCUUCUGGAAAUGCGUCCGAAUCACGUUCAUUCCUCGCGGGUUCCUUCUCCUUCUUGAUUUCUGUGCAAAUUUUAAACUCUCAAUUCUCCGGGUUUGAUUGCGGUUUUAUACCCUCGAAUCCCUCUUCCUGCCAUGGAGGGUCAAGCCGAAAUGGACCCAAGCUCGUUCCUUAGCUUGUUCGCAGCUGUAUCCUAUGGCAUUGCUUCAAUGGCGAUGGUGUUCAUCAAUAAAGCGGUGAUUAUGCAGUAUUCAAGUUCUAUGACUCUUCUUACACUACAGCAACUGGCCACCGCGUUGCUUAUAUUCUUUGGCAGAAGAAUGGGAUACACAAAGGCCAAAGGAAUAGACAUGGCUACUGGAAAGAAGCUUCUUCCUGUUUCACUGUUCUACAAUGCCAAUGUGGCAUUUGCUUUGGCAAGCUUGAAAGGAGUUAACAUUCCAAUGUAUAUCGCGAUAAAGAGGCUCACGCCACUCGCUGUUUUGAUCGCCGGAUAUUUCUCCGGAAAGGGCAGACCCACAACUCAGGUGGCGUUUUCGGUGUUCCUUACAGCUGCUGGCUGUGUGAUAGCAGCAGUCGGGGAUUUUUCUUUCGAUCUUUUUGGGUAUGGCAUGGCUUUAACAUCUGUGUUUUUCCAGACAAUGUACCUUGUGCUUGUGGAAAAAUCCGGAGCAAAUGACGGGCUUUCUUCGGUUGAGAUAAUGUUCUACAACAGCUUUCUUUCCCUCCCAUUCCUGUUCUUCCUCAUCGUGGUGACGGGCGAAUUCCCCAGUUCUAUGUCGAUAUUACUUGCAAAGUGUUCUUAUCUGUCAUUCUUGUUGAUCCUCAUUAUCUCCCUGGUUAUGGGCAUUGUCCUCAACUUCACCAUGUUUCUAUGCACCAUAGUAAACUCUGCUCUGACGACAACCAUUGUCGGUGUCCUCAAAGGCGUCGCUUCCACUACGCUGGGUUUUGUGCUGUUUGGAGGUGUGGAAGUACAUGGCUUGAAUGUGACCGGACUUGUUGUAAACACGGCCGGUGGUGUUUGGUAUUCUUACGCUAAGUAUCAACAGAAGAAGGCCAAACCUUCAAAGCUAAUGCCGGAUUUGGAAGCUCACAGGAAAUGAUUACUGCCCGUGUAGGUGCUUGAUUACAAUUAUACGUAUGCGACGAUUGGAGAAUACGGCGUCGUAUUCGUAUUCCUAACGUAUAGAUGAGGGCAAUUAUGGUGUAGAGCUGGGCCUUGGCUGUGGAUGAUCCAUAAAUGUCAUUAACGCCUUUUAAAGCAAAGGUUUUUUUUUUCAAGAAAAAAAACAAGAACAUGAACAUGUGACAAGUUGGGGUUGAUGUAUGAUAUAUUCGACCUACUUGUCACAAUUUUUUUUUGUUAUGUUUAUUAUUAAAAUUUUAAAUAAAUUAAUCACAAAUGCAAAUCGAGUGUGUUUCCGUAACUUUAAUGUGUAUUUUAUGUGAAAAAGUGUAUAUAAAUUGAUAUUUGGUGUCA